UUACAAUAAAAACUCAUCAACUGCUGUGUAAAUAGAACUGACAGCUAAGUGUCGUUGCUGAGAAAGCGGAUUAAUUUCAACGACUGAUAACUGCACUUUUUUGUUCCGUGCUAACUGCCCCAUCAGAAGGCAAUUCUUAUGCAAAUGAGUUCAUUUUAACAAGCUGUCAAAUAUACCGCGAGAUGUUCUUCUCUUAGCAACAUCUGUUUCACACACUGUCUUGAAUUUAUUGAUCAACGCGGGCGUCUUUUUGGUGAGGACCACAAGCUGUGAAAGUUUGCUAAAGGACUGGUUGAUCUUUUUUGACGAGAUCAGCGGUCAAUGAUAAACAACACGUUUUACGAUUCACCAGAUCGAUUCGAGCUAGACAGAGUAAAGCAGAGUAGCUUGGUAUAAACAGACGAAGAUGUGUGCCCUACUUAAAUCUGAAGAAAGACCAGAUAAAUAAACAACGAUCACAAGGAAAUGUAAUUUCAGCGGUGCCGAUGCAACUUGCUGUUUCACCUCAGUUGUUGGAACGAAGCGUGAUUCCUUUUCAAGACGCAAAUUAAUUUAACGUGCGGUUAAGCUUACGUGCAAGCCAUAGCAAAUGUGGAACUGAAAUAAUUGGAUCCCAUUUCUUGGGAAUUAUCACUGUUAUUAAGCUUACAUAGCGACUGGAAAUUUUGAUCGUUAAUCUGCGUGUAAGUGUUUAAGGAUUAAACUAACAUGGCCCACCAUCGUGAUCGUGAUCGGGAACCCGAUCUCAAAGGAAAACUUUCACGCAAGAUUGCAGAACUUACAAUGGUCAUUCAUUUGUUAUUUACACGAAACCACGAGCGAGAGUUCGAAGUGGAAGCUUUGAAAACUGCAUACGAACAUGAGAUUAGUGUUAUACUCGACGAAGCGAAGGGGAAAAUUUCGUGGCUGGAAGGGCAGUUGGAUGAACUUGAAAAAUUCCGUGUUUUGCUGGACUUGAAAAACACAGAGAGUGAGAAAGACAAACAGCAGAUCAGUGACCUUCAAAAUAAAAUAGCAGAAUUGACUGCACUUUUGGAACACAAAGAUCAGCUCAUAACAGUGGCUGAGAAACAAAUUGUGGAAUUAAAAGAAAGCCUUGUGGACAAGUUGAAAUCUGGUGAUGAACAGGUAGCACUUAUGACAGUAGAGUUAGAAAAUGUGAAAAAAGAAAACAGUGAAUUAAAAGAAAAAUUUAAGGGAAAAACCGAUAAAGUGAAAAAGUGUCAAAACCAAAUACAGAAUCUUCAAUCAAAAGUUAAAGCUUUGGAAGAUGAAUUAAAUGAUAUUUUGGAGAAAAAAGAGAGACUUGAAAAUAGCGUCAAUGGAUUACAAGGAGACUGGCAGGAUGAAAUUGAUAAGCUCAGUCUCAGAAUUGAAGAAUACACAAAACAACAAAAAGAAGAUCAAAUGAGAGCUGAAAAACUAGAAUGGAAAAAUAAACAGCUGUCUCAGCUGGUCAGGGAGCUAGAAGAAGAUAAACGACAACUUGAACUCAAAAUUCAGCAGUAUAUUGAUGAGAGGAAUAAAAGAAAGGAAUCAAAGAGAUCUCCCAGGCCAGUCACAAAAGGGAGCCCUGAAGUGCCACGGACAACACCUGCGUUUGAUAGAGAUGAUGAACUGGAACGUCUCAGAAGAGAAGUGCAGCGUUAUCGCUUGGAGUUGAGCAACAGAGAAUCCAACUUCAAUAGAAUGUUUACUGAUCACCACCCUGUCAUAGUUGAAGGAAAAGGCAGGAAGUCCUCAUCUGCUAUGGUGCCUGACAAUUCUUUCCCAAACCUGAGUGGUGUACAUGGACGGAAAAGAAGUGGAAUUCAACCUCAUUUACCAGCUCUUGGAGAGCAACGCAUACACAGCAACCCGCAACAUCAAUUUCACGGCCUUUAAUACAUGAAAUAAGGAGUGUCAAUCACUUCUUGUUGUUAUGAACUUGUUUCCCAAAAAGAAUAUUAAUUCUAUAGUUUGUUUAGUCAUGCCAAUGACGUAUGUUCAUACUCAUCUGUUGUAGAGUUUUAUUUGCUUUAUUUAUUGGUCAGGAAUAAAUUAAUUUUAUGUGGCUGUUACUGAUUUAUUUAACAGAAUAAAGGUAACAAAAGCACACAAUGGUGCAUGGCUGUUGAGUGUUAGUUAUAUCAUUCUCAUCCCCAGAACUGGUCAGAACUGCUGGUCCCUGUCAGCUGGUAGGCAUGUCACAGAAAUAAAGUGACUCUGGAGACACUUGAUUUGAUUGGCUAGAAUUUGGACCAAGAUUUCCACUAAUUCAGUCCUGGCUUCCUUCCAAAAGUAUCCACUGGUCUAUAUCUUAACUAAAACUGUUUGAUAAGAACAACUAAAAACCUUAACAGAUUUGUGACAAACAGAAUUUAAAACAGAAGUAAAAUUCUGACUGGAAGUGCACAUAUAUGGUUAAUUAUGGAGGACUUCACUGAAAAUUCUCCUAAUCGAGUGAGGUUUUAGGUAGAGAGAAACCAAUGUUGAAUAAUUAUCAGUGAAAAUUUUAGUUCAUAAUACUAGCCAAUCAAAUCAUGUGUCUCUAAGGCCACCUUUUCCUAUUGCCAAGGCUGAGCUUAAAGGGACAGGCAACCCUGGGGACAAGAAUGGUAUGAUAUACUAUAGAAACUUAAAUUCUGUUUCCUAGGGUUCCGAGUCUUUUUGCUCAUGGCAAACAUAGCCUGACUUAUUUAGGCCCUGUCAUUUGGUCCAAACUCGACAAAUCUAUUCGAUCUUCUGAAUCAUUGCACACUUUUAAAAAGUGCAUCAAAUUGGUUGAUUUCACUAGUCUGCUGGACAGUACUUGUAAAGACUGUUCUUUAUGUAACAACUAGCACUUGAUCUUACUGCAUGACUCAUUGUUUGUUUUAAGUAUAUAUUUUAAAACACUUACAUAUGUACAUGUAUUUCAUAUUUUAUUAAUUAGUAGA